AUGGCUCCAUACCAGACAGCACAAGGGGGUCAGCGUCUGGCGCAUGAGGCGAUGGAGAAGGGACGGCGGACCCGGGCUGCUUUCGGGAUCAAGCUCUCCGGUGAGGAGGACGCGGGACCUCUCACAGCCCCGACAGCGGACGGCGGGCUCAGGGCGGGAUCGCACCCGCGGCCACACCGGGGGCAACCAAACCCUCAACCCCCACAGGCCGCCGCCAUCGCCUCAGACUCCCGCCGGACUAGGCCGUACGUCUGCCAUUACGAGGGCUGCGGUAAAGGUUUCACGAGAGAUUUCCACCGCGCUCGUCACCUCCUUACCCACACCGGGGAAAAGCCGUUCGAGUGCACAGCUGAUGGAUGCAAUCAGAAAUUUGGAACAAAAUCAAACUUAAAGAAGCACGUUGAGCGCAAGCAUCAAAAUCGGCAAAAGCAAUAUGUGUGCGACUUUGAAGGCUGUAACAAGUCUUUCAGGAAACAUCAACAACUUAAAGUUCAUCAAUGUCACCACACCAGUGAACCUCCCUUCAAAUGUAAUAAUGAAGGAUGUGGAAAGCACUUUUCUACUCCAAGUCGACUAAAGCGGCAUGAGAAGACACAUGAAGGCUAUGCAUGCAAGAAAGAAAACUGCUCCUAUACUGGAAAAACUUGGACAGAGCUUCUGAAACAUAAUAAAGUCAGUCAUACAGAGCCGAUAGUUUGCAGUGAGUGUUACAAAACUUUUAAACGGAAAGACUACCUCAAGCAGCAUCAAAAAACACAUGCUGUGGAGAGGGAAGUCUGCCAAUGCCCGAGAGAAGGAUGUGGGAGAACUUACACAACCAUAUUUAACCUUCAAAGCCAUAUCCUCUCUUUUCAUGAGGAGAAAAAACCAUUCUCUUGUGAUUAUCCAGGCUGUGGAAGAGUGUUUGCAAUGAAGCAGAGCCUAGCAAGGCACGCAGUUGUACAUGAUCCUGAAAAGAGGAAGAUGAACUUGAAAGCAAAGCGUUCUCGUCCUAAGAGGAGCUUAGCCUCUCGUCUGAGCGGCUACAUUCCUCCUAAAACGCAGCCAGGAAAGGAUGCUGUUCUGACAGAAAGCAAGGCAGUGGAUAAGCCCAUCGAAAAUGAAAUACCAACUGUUGAAAUUCUGACUCUGCAGUAAAGAUUAACUGAGACAACAUUCUUUAUCGAAUGACCCGU